AUGGGAUUGGGGAAGGGUUGUCGAUUUUGGCCCAGCCACUACCUGAUCUCCACCUCUGGUGGAUGUUACUCUUCCUCUGCCCCUGCCCCUUCCUCGCUCUUGCACUACAGUUUCGCAGCUGGAGUUGGGACUUCUCCUAUUUCUUGGAAAUCAAAGAAGCAGACAUCCAUUUCUCUUAGCUCCGCUGAGGCAGAGUAUAGGUCCAUGAGACGGGUAGUUGCCGAACUCACUUGGCUUGUUCGCCUCUUUGACGAUAUCUCCAUCCCUAUUUCACUCCCCAUUCCACUACACUCUGAUAGCCAGGCGGCAAUUCAUAUAGCAAAAAAUCCUGUCUUCCACGAACGUACAAAACACGUUGAAAUUGAUUGUCAUUUUGUUCGCCAACAGUUCCUCGCAGGACUCAUUUCACUUUCUCACAUUCGAUCUUCAUCCCAACCAGCUGAUUUGUUCACUAAAUCAUUGCCUGGACCUCUGCAUCACACCUUAUUGGGCAAUAAUUUAGAUGCUACUGGAAUUUCAUCAGCAGUGGCAACUUGGUAUGGAGAUCCCACUGGAGCUGGAAGUGGGGGAGCUUGUGGACUAGAAGAUGACGUAGCAAAAGCACCAUACAACGCGAUGAUAACCGCGGGAAAUCAAGUUUUAUUCAAACAUGGUUUAGGAUGUGGUGCAUGUUAUCAGGUACGUAUUAUGUAAUCAAAAUGAAGAUGUACACAAAAUCCAAUAACAGUAACUCUUACAGAUGAGUGUCCAGGAACAUGUAAUGAUAAUCCAAUUCAUUUUGAUUUAAGUGGAAAUGCCUUUGGAGCUAUGGCAAAAUUUGGCCAAGCUGACCAAUUACGUAAUCUUGGAAGAAUUGAUAUUUACUAUAAAAGGGUGUCAUGUGACCACAAGCAAAAUAUUAUGUUUAAGGUUGAAAGAGGAUCAAACCCUCAUUUCUUAGCAAUUGCAAUUGAAGCUCAAAAUGGAGAUGGUGAUCUUUCUUUAGUUGAAAUAAAACAUACAAAUUCAAAUGAAUGGCUUCAUAUGCAACAAAUGUUUGGAGCAACAUGGUCAAUAAAUAUUUAUCCAGACACACAAAUACCUCCUUUCUCUAUUAGGUUAACUUCACAAAAUAAACAUCAAGUUCAAGCUGAUAAUGUCAUUCCUAUAAAUUGGCAAGCAAGAGAAAUUUACUAUUCAAAUGUCAAUUUUUCUCCCUAA